UUCAAGUCGUCCCUGAAUAUAUUUCCAAUAGGUUAUGGGCCCAGGGCACGAUUCCCCUGCGUGAGGAACAUAGCACGAAAGUGUAUAUACGAAGUGUGUGAGACGCCGGCGAAGGGCAUAGAAAGAGAUAGAAGCAUCUAGAAGAUUAGAGGAUGGAAGAAGAAGGCCAAGAUGCGCUGGUCGACUACGACAGCGAUAGCAGCUUUAUCACGGUAAUAGAUAGAGAAGCAAAAGAUAAAAACGAGGAGACAGUAAGAAAAGAUAGAGAAGCAAAAGAUAAAAAGGAGAUGGAAAGAAGAGGUGCAAUCCCGAAAAAGAACUUGCCUAAAGUCAGAGAGAAUAUAGAUGUGACCAAAGCAUGGGAAGAGAACCGUCCAGUACUGCCAAUUGGAACCAAAAUAUUAUAUGAAAAGCAAGAAAAAUUGGUCGCAAAAAUGGACAAUUCGAUGCAGAUGCUGGAUAAAGUAAUGACGAAGGCCACCGAGAUGAUGGAGAAUAUGGUGGAAGUCUCCUGUUUAAACUUAGAGAAAGAAAAAGUUAAACUUAGACGUUUAGAGGUAAGCAAUAAAGAUACCCAAAGUUCAGUAGAAAACAGUAAACAAACGGUUAAAGAACUAGAGGUAGAGUCUAAAAAGAGAAAAUUAAAUGAAAUGACAGUCUGUUCAGCCGAAAAAGAUAGGAGUUUAGAGACAAUAAAAAGAGUUAUAGAAUUGGAAUUGAACAAUUCAAACAUUGAAAGUCCAGAAAAUCUCUCCGAACUAAAAGUUGCUAAGAGAAAAAGUCUAGUUAGAGAUAUAAUAAUCAAUCAUUUAGAUGAAAACUAUCAUAAAAGGAUUCUACAUGAAAAAGAUCCGAAAGAAAUUUUGAAGAAAUUGAGAGGAUAUAAAAAGAGUGAAGUAAACGUUACUUAUGCAUCGGUACGAGCUAAACUCUAUCAAAUUAAAAUGAGAAAAGACGAAAAA